CUGCUCAGAAACAACCACUCCCAUCGCCGGUGAAUCACCGAUUCACCGACGAUGGAUGACUCAUGGCGAACGAGGAUCGGAAUGCCCGCUCCUCCUUCGCCCCCGCCCAUACUCCACCACCUCCACCGGGAAUCCACCGCCGACGCAGAAGAGUUCAGCGACGUCUUCGGCGGGCCCCCCCGAACGAUCCUCUCCCGCCAAUUCUCCCCCGCCUUCCCGCGAUCGUCGUCGUCCUCCUCCUCCUCAACGGGCUGCUUCUACGAGGAGAUUUUCCCGCCACCGGAGAAAUCGGCGCCGCCUCCUCCGGGGCGGAGCUUGCCGGAGUUCAGGAUCCCGAGCUAUCAGAAACGGGAAGAAAACGGUUUUUACAGAGAUAUUUUCGGGUGGGAGGAUGAGAGAGCGGCGAGGUCGAGAUCGAGGUCGAAAGCGAGCUCUUCGUCGGUGCUUAGCUCGGAGGAGCUCAGCCCUCACCGGCCGUCCGAUGUUGCCUCUUUCGCUUCGAAACUCAGGCCAAUUAAUGUGAGGAGUAGGUGGAAUUCAACAAGCAUAGGGCAUGAAGAUCAAAACAUGAUGCCGCCAUUUUCAAGCAGCCAUGGCUCAAACAGAGUGUCUGCAGAUGACAUGGAGCUCAACAACUCACCAGCAUCUGCAGUUUCCUCAGUCUGUCACUCCUCGUUAGGGCGUGAUGAGGACGAUGUUUUGAGGGCGGACGAGGUGGAGGAGGAGGAUGAGGUUAUGAGCUCGUAUGUGAUUGAGAUCAGCUCUGAGAACAGGGAAGGGACUUGUGAAUCCAACGGUGUGGAUGAAGCCAUAGCGUGGGCGAAGGAGAAGUCCCAAACACAUUAUUCGGAGUGUGAGGCAGAGAAAACCACACAUGAUGUGUUGAAUGGACAUCAAGUUUCCGAGGGACAUACAGACAGUUUUGGAUCACUGGAUAAGCAGCGGGUCAAGUGGGAAAUAGUAGAAGAGGAACAACAACUUGAACACAUGGAUAAGCAACAGGUCAAUUGGGAAAUAGUAGAAGAGGAACAACAACUUGAAUACAUGCAGGAACACACAGAAACGGAUGUUCUGGACGAGAAGAUCAGGUUAUGGUCUAGUGGCAAGGAAGCCGACAUUCGACUGCUGCUUUCUUCCUUGCAUCAUAUCUUAUGGCCUAACAGUGGGUGGUCACCGGUGCCCUUGGCAAAUAUAAUCGAAGCCACUCAAGUGAAAAAAACGUAUCAGAGGGCGCAACUGUGCCUGCACCCGGACAAGCUCCAACAAAGGGGCGCAACGCCCCAACAGAAGUACAUUGCUGAUAAAGCCUUCUCGAUUCUUCAGGAUGCUUGGGAUGCAUUCAUCUCUCUGGAUGUGUUCUAAACAAUCGAAAAACAAGUGUUGAUUUUUCGAUAUGCAACUUAUGUAUGCAGGAGAGAUUUGAGGCUGAAUAGAUAUGUUAUGACUUGAGAGUGUGUUGUAACUUGGUAGUAUAUGCAAGACUGCUAUAUGAUUGUCCCAUUUUUCCA